GGAAGAGGCGUGGCCUAUGUUUUCCCUUUCCGUCCUAAGUGACCUCUGUCCCUUUAACUUAACGUCUUUAAGGUUUUCACCGACGUAAAGUCCUCAGCCGUUAGCCUCCGUCCUCCUCGUGCAGCAGAGAAAAUGGCGCUGUUGACUCCUCUGUUCGCGUUUCUCUAUCAUUUACCGCAGGUGUAUAAAUGGCUUUUGAGGCCGUAUUACGUGGCGUCGUUGUUUAUGUCGCUCGCUUUCCUGAUGAUCCGCAAGACUCCGGGAAUCUGCGAACAUCUUUCUACACAGAGGGAGGACGGAAACCCCUGCGACUUCGACUGGAGAGAGGUGGAGAUCCUGAUGUUUCUCAGCGCUAUAGUCAUGAUGAAAAACAGAAGGGCAAUAACGGUCGAGCAACAUGUUGGGAACAUCAUCCUCUUCUGUAAAGUGGCCAAUGUGAUCCUGUUCUUCAGACUGGAUAUUCGCAUGGGACUGCUCUACCUGACCCUGUGCAUCGUGUUCCUCAUGACCUGCAAGCCUCCUCUGUACAUGGGCCCCGAGUACAUCAAGUACUUCAGUGAUAAGACCAUAGACGAGGAAUUGGAAAGAGACCACCGUGUGACCUGGAUUGUGGAGUUUUUCGCCAACUGGUCUUCUGAGUGUCAGUCGUUUGCAUCCGUCUACGCUGAUCUGUCAUUGAAGUACAACUGUUCUGGGCUGAAGUUUGGAAAAGUGGACGUGGGCCGCUACGGCGACGUUUCAAAGAAGUACAAGGUGAGCACAUCUCCUCUCUCCAAGCAGCUGCCAUCUCUGGUGCUCUUCCAGAAUGGAAAAGAAGUUAUGAGACGCCCCCAAGUGGACAAGAAAGGACGAGCAGUGUCUUGGAGCUUCACUGAGGAGAACAUCAUCAGAGAGUUUAAUUUAAAUGAGCUGUAUCAGAAAUCCAAGAAACUGAAUAAGACAAAAGGAGAGAAGAAUGAGAAGACCAGCGAGUCACAGUUCCCCCCGGUGCCUGAGGAGGAGGAACCUGAACCAGAGGUUGCAGAAAACGAGACUGAGAGCAAGAAGGACAAAUAAGACUAGGAGAGAACACUGGGGCAUGACUGUAGGACUGAUGGGUUUAUGCGCACACACACACACACACGCACAACAGUGUGCAUUUUCCAGAGUUGUGUGGGAACAACAUUAUUAUUAUUUUUACUGCAGAACCACCCAUAAUCAAAACUCAAACUUAUACCUACAAGAAUGGAAUCGAAAAGUACUGAAUAAUGCUGUUUAAGAAACCCUUAGCCAGCCACAGCCAUCAUUUCAGGGUUAAAUGAGUUUGUACCGACUUGCCUGCUGUUAACAGUGUUGUUUAUUUUAACCAAAUGUACUAUUUCAUGCCUCCUACCUCUAGUGAGCUAAUGAUCGUUCUUGAUUAAUUUAUAAUUUAUAGGUAGAAGCUUUUGUAGAAUUACUGACUACUGAUGGACUUCUAAUCUUAAAUUUUUUUAACUCCUUUUCACUCCUGUUGUCUGUUAGAUAUUUUGGUUUUGUAUUUGUGAUCGUUUUGGCACUCAUGACAUUUCAUUUGUUUCGCUGAAGGGGGCGCUGUGUUACAACAGCUCUGUGUUAAGGAUGACCAAAGCAUCAAAAGGUGUGUGGUGAUAUUUUUGAAGCCUUGAUACUCAGCUACAGACUUCUUUUAUUCUAGUAUCCAUUUGCUGAAGCUGUACAGUCUUAAAUAUUUUUACUACUCUAGCUCCAUAUUCCCAUCUCUGGUUUACUAACUUGUGAAAAGUGGAAACUUGUGGGCUGUGUUGGCAUUUUUGCAAAAACAUACCCGUUAAUGUUCUCUGCUUUCUUUGGGGUCAUCAUGCAGUCAGUGGACUUGCAUACUCGCGCAUAUAUGGGACAUAAAUCAAGUUACACUACCCACAGAAAGAACUGUAUGCUGCAUGCUCCCUAGUGAAUGACUGAUUCUGACUUUAUUCCAAACCACAAUUACUGUAGUAGUUUAACUCUAAUGUGGACGGAUGUGACUGAUUUUGUGCUGUGAGAGGUUUGGAUGAAUGUAGACAUUCCAAUAAAAUAAAAAACCCACAAAGCUUA